AUGAAGCCUUCCUCUGCCUUGCAAAACCAGUCGAUAUUUGUGGAAUUCCCGUAUUUGAACCAGACGGAUCACUACCUCAUUAAUAGCAGUUCGAUAUAUGCCCAAUUAGUCAAUGUUCCAUACAGAACGGUGAGAUCUUUAGGGUCUUCUAUAGCGCAAAGGUUCAAUUCGGCACCUGUACAGUUUCCGGAAGAAAUGAAUUCUACGGCAGUUGGUGGUGGUGACAAUUACGACGACGAUUUGAUAUACGAGACGAAUAUCUUUUGGAUAUUUGCGAAAUUCUCGGUUUCCAGCUAUGCGGCUACGUGCUUAUUUGUAGCGGUAGUGCUCAAUCGGUUGGUGAAUAUGGGGAGUUUGCGGUCCACUAAUCAGCAGCUUAGAAUAGCGUUGUGGGCGAAAGUGUCGUUCCAUUUGACAGGGUUGGUGACGAUAGGGUACAUGCUUUACCAGACCGGGGCGCAGCUGGGUUUGUAUGGUAGUGCACAGGCUACGGGCCAGUUUUUGUCGCGGUGCUACCAAAUAGUGUGUCUUUCGCAUUGCAUCGAGACGUUUAUUGCGACGACGAGCAACUUGAAGCCAUUGGAAGAAUCUGAUUUUUCUCUUUUCGAGUUGAGUUCUAUGUUUUACCAGCUAAGUGCGCAGGAUGCGUCAGCGGAUAUGUAUGCGUACACUUGUUUCGGGUGUCUCAUGGGCCGGUUUAUCAUCCAUUUCGUUGAGUUGUUGGACAUUCGGAAGCGGAGAAUCAUAUUUUCUGCGGUGCUGAACGUGUCGUUCUCGCUGUUCAUGGUAUACCGGGCGUUCACUACGCAGGAGAUGGACGGUGCGUUCAUAUACUCUUUUUCUGCGUUCAAGAACAUCCCGAAGAUUCUUUCCGUGUCGAUCAUUCUGCUUUCGUACGUGUGCUACCAGCUCUCGUGUCUAGUGCGGAAGACGACGCCGUUCGGCUCGUCAGACGGAGUUAGCAGGGUCGAGGAGCUCAAGUACCACUCGUUCUGGAGCAAUUGGGUGGAGAGCUUGGCGAUCAGCGGCGAAGAGGAUUUCUUCUUUGUCGUGAUGAGAUUCGCGACGUUCCUCUGCAAUCCGAAACAGAGCCAGAAACACGGCAUACACAGGGAGUUCGAGGACGUCACGUUGCCCACGUCCAUGCACAAGAGCUACUUGAUCAGCGGGUACAUGAACAGGAUCGACCCGCCACCUAUCCAGGAGCUCGAUUUCAAAAGGGACGUGCAAACAACGUCCUUGUGGAGACAGAGAGUGUCGUGGUACACCACGAUGCUGGGGUACCUUUUCGAAUGGACCGCAAAGCUCUGGACCCGCAAGCGGAAGGACGCCGCCGUGAAGAAGCCAGAGCGCAACUACAACGAUUUCGUUACGGAAAAGAACUACGUCAAGUUCCUCCAUGUCCAAAACGAAAAGGACACAGACAAAUACCUACUUCCGGAAGAAGACUACACAGAGGACUACGUCCCACAGGACGAUGAUGAAUACCAAGAUGAUGAUGAUGAUGAUGAUGAUGAUGAUGAUGAUGAUGAACACCAAGAUAAUGACAAUGAGGAACUAGCCUCCGAUACACAAGUCACCUUGGCCGAAGAACUCUUCGGCCCCCAACAGAUCCAAGAGAUCAUCAGUUCCCCGCAGGAAAUGAGCUGGUACUUGUCCACCUGGUCCAUACUGAAAUACCAGGCCCUAGCUAAUGAACAGAUGCUAACAAGACGCAAAUUCGCAAAACACAACGAGGCAUACUUGCUGCAGGAUGUCAUUUCCGAAAUUCCUCCUUCCGAAAUGUCCCACCACGACCACGACACAAACCACUUCGACGCCUCCGACAUGACCUGCGUCGUGUGCAAGACAAACCAAAGAAACAUCAUCCUAUGGCCCUGCAAGUGCUUUGCCCUAUGCGAACCCUGCAGAACUUCCCUUGGACUCCGUGCAUUCAACACUUGCAUAUGCUGCAGAAGACAGGUUUCGGGAUACAGCAAGCUAAAUAUAGUCUAG